AUGAGAUAUGGAGUGAUUAGAUACUCAGCUUUGAGAAGACUAAGCUUUGGAUUUGUUGUCUUCAUGAAGCUGUUUCUGUUUAUGGAUGUGACAACUCUGCUGAGGUUUUCUUGGGGAUGUAUAUGCCGUCUUUACCUUUCGACUCAAAGAUUGGCUGAAGUUUUCAUCUUGCGAACUGGUGUCUCGGACUUUCUCUCGGUCUUCUAUCAAGCAAGUAUCACGAGCUGGUAUACUUUUAGAGUUGACCAGAGAGACGCAUACUUGAGGCUAACAAAUGGAUAUGCUUUCACCUCUACUUCUCAAAUCGGUGGUCUUGCUCCUGAUAGCCGAAGCCUACACUUUUUGAUGCAGGAAAUCGAUCUUCGGUCGGGUUUUGCCAUGCUGCUCUACACUUUGACUGUAUAA